CUUACCACUAUAAAAGAGCGCUGGUUUUACCAUCCCCGUAACCUUCACCUUCAAUUCAAAUAUCUUAAAAAUUCCACAACUAGUCUAUUCAGAAACAAACUAGAAAGCAGAAAGCUAAAAAAGAUGUAUGUUAUUUCAAGCAUCUCCGGCGGCUCAAGAAACAAUACUUGUGAACCCUGUUCUUGGGGGAAUUGGGGAUAUCCUUCUAGAAGCUUCCCUUCCUCCGCCGCAAAGAAUUCAUCCGGCGGGAAAACGCCGGAAUUCGUUCGGGUAGAUGUUGACUGGAGAGAGACUCCAGAGGCUUAUGUUUUGAUGGCUGAUCUUCCGGGAUUAAAGAAAGAAGAAGUAAAAGUUGAAGCUGAAGAAGGCAGAGUCCUGAAGCUAAGCGGCGAGAGGAACAGAGAAACAGAGGAGAAUGGCAAAUAUCAUCGAUCAGAGAGGCCCGAUGGCAAGUUUUUGCGUAAAUUCAGGCUCCCGAUGGAUGCCAAUAUGGAUGCCAUUACAGCUAGUAUGGAAAACGGAGUUCUCACCGUGACCGUUCCCAAGAAGGAGCAACAAGGAAGUAAAAAGAUUGAAGUUGAAAUUUCUGGCUAAAUGAGACCAUGAUUCUCCGUUUCUUAUUAAUUUCCGACUCUCAAGCGUGUAUUUUGGGUCUUGUAUUUCUUUAAAGCUUGUAUUGUUUGUCUUUACCAUAACCUUUGAUAGGUCUUGAAGUU